CCUGGCCAAUUAGAACAGUUCACAUGUGUGACGUUGGCCCUCCCCACCCCAGGCAGCACCGUGGUGGAAUCUUCCGGUUUCAGGCUGUUUUUUCCCUCCUCGGGCCAGUGCGGCUGCGCGCUGCGCUCUGAUUGGCCGAGAGCUGGCUGGCUGCACGCGCAGUCGCUGCUCGGUUACUAAGGGCGGGAGCCCAGCGAGGGCGCUGGCGGCUUCUUCCGUCUCAGGCCAGCGUCGACGCCUGGACGCUCGCCAUGCCGAACCGCAGGGCCAGCCGCAAUGCCUACUACUUCUUCGUGCAGGAGAAGAUUCCCGAACUGCGCAGGCGAGGCCUGCCUGUGGCCCGGGUGGCGGACGCCAUCCCCUACUGCUCAGCGGACUGGGCGAAACUUGUUUCCACACCACUAAGGAGGCCAGGCAUGCUCGUACCAAAGCAGAGUGUUUCACCCCCAGAUAUGUCAAGUUUGUCUCUAAAAAGUGAUCAAGCUCUCCUUGGAAGCAUUUUCUACUUUUUGAACAUUUUUAGCCACGGCGAGCUGCCACCUCAUUGUGAACAGCGCUUCCUCCCCUGUGAAAUUGGCUGUGUUAAGUACUCCCUCCAGGAGGGUAUCAUGGCUGAUUUCCACAGUUUCAUAAGUCCUGGAGAAAUUCCACGAGGAUUUCGAUUUCAUUGUCAGGCUGCAAGUGAUUCUAGUCACAAGAUUCCUAUUUCAAACUUUGAAUUGGGGCAUGACCAAGCAACUGUAUUACAAAACCUGUAUAGAUUUAUUCAUCCAAACCCAGGGAACUGGCCACCUAUCUACUGCAAGUCUGAUGAUAGAGCCAGAGUCAAUUGGUGUUUGAAACGAAUGGCACGAGCAUUAGAAUUCAGGCAAGAUCUAGAACUUCUCACUGUAGAGGAUCUUGUAGUAGGGAUCUACCAGCAAAAAUUUCUCAAGGAGCCCUCAAAGACCUGGGUUCGAAGCCUCCUAGAUGUGGCCAUGUGGGAUUAUUCUAGCAACACAAGGUGCAAGUGGCAUGAAGAAAAUGACAUUCUCUUCUGUGCUUUAGCUGUUUGCAAGAGGAUGGCGUACUGCAUCAGCAAUUCCCUGGCCACUCUCUUUGGAAUCCAGCUUACAGGAGCUCAUAUACCACUACAAGAUUAUGAGACCAGCAAUAGUGUGACACCCAAAAUGGUUGUGUUGGAUGCAGGGCGUUACCAGAAGCUAAGGGUUGAGAGUCCAGGAUUCUCUCAUUUCAGCUCUUCUAAUCAGGAACAAAGGUCAAACACAGCCACUGGUGAUUACCCAUCUGGGGUGAAAAUUUCAGGCCAAAACAGCAGUGUUCGAGGAAGAGGGAUUACCCGCUUACUAGAAAGCAUUUCCAAUUCCUCCAGCAAUAUCCACAAAUUCUCCAACUGUGAGACCUCACUCUCACCUUACAUGUCCCAAAAAGACGGGUAUAAAUCUUUCUCUUCUUUGUCUUAAUGAUGGUACUUUUUUCAGUUUCUGGAAAAAUAACAGGCCCAACUUCCCUUCUGACUACAGUCGUAUUAAACACAUAGAUCACAUCAAUGAUAAAUGUCACUACUCUAAAGACUAUGUAAUUUGUAAGGAAACUCUGUUUCAUAGAUUAAAAAUAAUUGUGGUUGGAAAAGAUCUUGGCAUUCCUGCUUUUUUCCUUUUGAAGCUUAUUCUGUUUUCUGAUGGUAUGGUGGGCAUGCCGUUGAAGUUCAGUAUUCUAUAAGAACUGUGCUUUAGGGACUGUUAUAAAUUAGUAAUUCUCUCCCCUGCAAUAAAGGUAUUUUGAGUAUUAAUCUGUU